AUGAAAACAUCUAUAAAUUACUCAAAAGACGAAAAAAAGAGGAUUAGAAAAAAAUAUAGGAAUGAAUAUGCUAAUGUGAAGGAUUUAAAUAAAAGCAAUGUGAAUAUAAAAAAUAUAAAAACCUUAUAUAAUAUAUUUUCACACACUCAAAAUAAUAACAAUGUUCAAAAAAAUAUAAAUAACGAUUUCCAAGAAAAUGAUUUAGUAAAUAAUAAUUUAGUAAAUAAUAAGAUUCAUCAUGAAGAAAGUAAUGAUAUUUAUAAAAAUGAAUAUGAUAAUAGAUUUAAAAAGUUCAAUUGCGACAAUAAUUACAACAGUUAUUCAGAUUUUGUUAAAGAUGUUGACAUUCACAAAAAUGUUAAAAUACAAACUCAAAGUGAAAAACAUGAGAAUAAUUUUUUUAAUAAAAUUGAUUUCUUUGAUAAUGGUUCAAAAGAUUCAAAUGUAGAAUAUUUUUAUAAAAAUACUGAUGUAUUAAAAAAUAAGAAAAUAAACUAUGAAGAAAAUGAAAGUGUAUCAAAUAAAAGAAAUUUCAAGAACAUUUUAGAUUUAAAGAAUUUUGAUGAUUAUAAAAAAUUUAUUCAUGAUAACAAUAAAAAUAUUCUUUAUUUAACUGAUAAUGCUUCUGUUUGGAACAAAGAACUAAAAUUGAGUUUUAUAAAUGAAAAAAAUAAGGAAUAUAGUUUAUGUAAUAAUAAUAAAUUAAAUAAAGACAGUGUAAAUGAAACUUCUUAUAAAAAAGAUUUUGUUAAUUUAUUGGACAACGAGGUACCAAAUAAAGAUGCAUUCAGUUUUAGAAAAUUGAAAAAAGAUAAUUUUUUUGAGAAUGAUAUAAUAAUAGAUAGUAAUUUAAAUGAAAAUUUUGACUUAUUUAAUUUUGAUGAUAAUGAUAAUAAAAAUUGUACUAUGAGUGUAUACAAUGCUGAUGAGAAAGGUAAAGCAAUAAAAGAAAAUAUUGAUUUUGUUUUUAAAAAAUCAAGUGAAGAAAUGAAUGAAACAAAUGAUUUUUAUAAUAUAUCAGAAAAUUUUUCAAAAGAUGAAUAUGAAGACCAAAUAUUUAAUAAUAAAAAGAAAAAUUAUGAUGAACAUGAUAAAUAUUCAAAAAAUUUUAAUAAAUACGAUUGUGUAAAUGAAAACGAAAUAAAAAACAAAAUGUUAUUUUUAACUAGUGAUUUUGAACAGAUUAAUAUUGCAUCAAUAAAUGAAAAAAAAAAUGUAGAUAAUGAUUUGAUUAAUUUAAAGAAAAAUAGAGAAGAUAAUACUGAAGAUCAUUUAACAAAAAUAGUAAUAAAUGGUGAAGAAAAUCAAAAAAAAAAAGAUACUAACUAUUUUGAUGAAUUCUUUUCCAAAGAAAAAAAUAUUCCUGAAAUAAGAGAAAAAGAAAAUAAUUUUUUUUUAAAUAAUCUUAAUGAGGAAAAUUAUUUUACAAAUAAAUUAGAUGUGUUUAUUUGUGAUCAUUUUUAUAAAAAUAACUUUGAUUUUGAUUCGAGCAUUAAUGAGAAUUUGGAAAGAGAAGAUAUAAUCGAAAAAGAUAAUAAUCUUAAUUUAGUGGGGCUCUAUACGAAAAAAGAUUCAACUUACAAUGAUGAUUAUUUAAUUAGUAAUAUCGAUGUAAAUAAAAAUAAUAAUAAUUGGUUAGAUAAUAGCAAUAAUGUAAAUGACAAUAAUAUUAAUUUAAUUAAUAAGAGUAACAGUAUAUUGGAUAGUAAUAACAAAUUAUAUAGUCACAGUGAUUCAUUAAUUGAAGAAUAUGAUUUUAAUUUUUAUAAAAAAAACUUAAAUAUUAGCAAUGAUGAUAACUCGAAUAGAGAUAGGAACAUAAAUGUAUUAGAAAUAAAUACUAGUUUAGAUAAUCAAAAUUUUAAGAAUGAUUAUUUUAAGGAAUAUACUUAUGAAGAUGAAAAAAAUAAAAAAAUAAAAAAUGAAAUUGAAUCUUAUGAUAAGGAUUUAUUUAUAAGCAAUUCAAAUAAAAUUUAUUUUGAAAAUAUCAACAAAAAUAAUAAUAAUAUGAUAAAUAAAAAGGAAAAAGAAAAAGAAAAUUUAAAUAUGAUUGAAACUACUUUUAGCAACUCCUAUGAAAAGGUAGUAAAUAAUAUCAAUAAAAUGUAUCAAAAUAACUCAAAUGUAAUUAAUACAGAAUUUGAUAAAAAUUUUUAUAAUAGCAAAGUAAAAGAAAAAUAUAAGGAUAUAAUAGAAUUAGGUGAUUAUUUCUUUUUACCAGGAGAAAUUCAUAAAAAAAAUGAAAAUAUUCUUUCUUCUGAUAAAAAUUAUGAAGAAUUUUCUUUUGAAAUAAGUAAUGAUAAUAAUAAAGUAAAUGAAGGAGAUAUUAAUUAUCAAAUAUGUGAUAAAAAAAUUAUAGUUGAACAACAAGGAAUAGAUCUUUUUGAAGAACAAGAUAGUAGUAUUGUUGAAAAUAAAAAUUUUAUAUACGAAAAUAAUGAAGAAAAUAUUUUUGAAAUUGAUAUAAGCAAAAAGUAUAGCAAAAAUAAUACUUUGAAUAAAAAAGAUUCUAUUCAAUAUUUGGAGAAUGGAAAAGAAGACGAAAAUGAUUCAAAAAUUGAAGUAGCAUGUAGAGAUUAUUAUAUAGAAGGAAAGAAUAGUCACGAAAUUAUAAUUGAGAAUGAGAAUACAUCUUUUUAUGAAAUAAUAGAAGAAAUAGAAAAUGUUAGUAAAGAUAUAAUUGGAGAUAACAUAAACGAAGAGAAUAUUUAUGAAAAUGAAAAAAUCAAUUUAAGCGAAUACAAAAAUGAUGAGAAGUUUUUUAAUAGCUUGGAAAUUAAUGAAAACGAAAAUGAUGAAACACAAGGAAAUUCAAAUGAUGAACUAAAAACUCUAUUUGACAAAAAUAAUUUUAUUUCUGAAACAAUUAUUUCCGAUAAUAUAAAUAAGAAAGAUUCCGUAUUUGAUAAAAAAUUCGAUGAUGUUUAUGCUUAUUUUGAUAAUUUGAGUGAUUGUAAUAAAAAAAAUGUAAAAAAUGAUGUAUCAUUUAAAGCUGAAGAAGAAAAUAAAUAUGAUGAAAUAAAAAAGGGAUCAAAUAAUACCAUUAACAUAUGUAAAGAAAUGUCUAAUUAUCAAAUUAGUAAUGAACUUUUAAAUUACAUUGAAAUUGAAAAUAAAAAAAUAAAUAAUUUUUUUGUAUCAGAAUCAAAUGAAUUAUUUAACGAACAUGUUUUGAAAAGUUUUGAUACUAUUUAUGAAAUGUUAAUGACAAAAAAUUAUCUAGAACAUUUUUCUGUUUUUUAUCAAAAUGAUAAGCUUUCUUAUACAGAAUUAAAUAUUCCAAAUUUUCAAAUUUAUUUAAAAAAAAUAAAAAAUAUAAUGAAAAGUGGAUUUAAUGAAAUGUAUGAUUACAACGAUUUUAUACAUAAAUUUAUUAAUGAAAUAUUUAAUAUGGAUAUAAAUGAUUUUUUCUUUUUUAAUAUAUAUGUAGAUAAUAUGAAUAAAUAUAUUAAUAAGAAAAACAUUUUAAUUAAUAAUAUAAGUAAUACACAUCAUUUUAUUAAUGAUUUUUAUAAAAAACAUGAAAAAAUACUAACACUUGAGGUUUUUUAUAAAAAUAUGAGUUAUUCUCUUUAUUUCUUAGUAUUUAUUAAUUUGUUAAUAGAACUUUGGUAUAUAUUAAUAUUUGAUAUAAAAAAAAAAAAUUAUGAUAAACUCUUAAGUACUUUGAUUAACUAUUUAAAUAAGAAAAGAAUAGUAUAUGUUCUAAGAAAAAUUUAUAAUUAUUUGCAUAAAAUUUAUGAAGAAUUGAAUAAAUCAACUAUAGAUGAGAAACAAAAAAAAAUAAUAGUAAAAAUAAUUAAAAAAAGUAAAAGUUUUAAAUUAAUAAAGAGAAACAUUUAUAAAAUUAAUAACUGUUGUUUUAAUUUGUUGAUUUUUUUUCUUCCUUUGUCUAUACCACCUUUUAAGAAAAAAAUAAAUAUUUUUGAUAAUUUAUUAAAUUAUUUCUUUAAAAAUAUUAAUAAAAUUAUUUUUAAAUAUAUUAAAGAUGAUGCAAAUGAAUCUUUUGAAUUCAAUACUAAUAAUAAAAAUUCAAAAAUAUUUGAAGAUAAUUUUUUUAUCCAAGAAGGCAUUUACAAUAAAAAAGAAGAAUAUGCAAAUGGUAUGCAAUCAAAAGAUAUAAUAGAAAAUGUAAGUGACUCAAAAAAUAAGGUAGAACAUUUAAAUGAUUCAAAAGAUAAGAUAGAACAUUUAAAUGAUUCAAAAGAUAAAGUAGAACACGUAAAUGAUUCAAAAGAUAGAGUAGAAAAUGUAAAUGAUUCAAAAGAUAAAGUAGAAAAUGUAAAUGAUUCAAAAGAUAAGGUAGAAUACGUAAAUGAUUCAAAAGAUAAGGUAGAAUACGUAAAUGAUUCAAAAGAUAAAGUAGAAAAUGUAAAUGAUUCAAAAGAUAAGGUAGAAUACGUAAAUGAUUCAAAAGAUAAAGUAGAAAAUGUAAAUGAUUCAAAAGAUAAAGUAGAAAAUGUAAAUGAUUCAAAAGAUAGAGUAGAAAGUGUAAGUGACCCAAAAGAAGAAAAGCAUGUAUAUGAUUUGAAUAAAAAAAAAAUAAAUGUAGAAGUCUUAAAAGAAGAAAAAAUUAGUGUGGAUAGUUUAAAAGAGGAGAAAGAAAAUGCUUCUGUAAAUUGUGAGAACGAAUUUUCAAAAAGAAAAAAUUUUUUUUUUAUUAAUAAUAAUAUAGAAAGAAAAUUAAAUAAAAAUAUAAAGGAUAUAAUUGAUAACAUUAUAAAAAACUGUAAGAAAAAUAUAUGCUUAUUGAAAAUAAAAAAUUUACAACAAUUAUUUCUUUAUUGCUUUGAAAACCCUCAUAAUGAAAAAUAUAUUAAUAAUUUAACGAAUGUUGUAAGAGAUUUAAAAAUUAGUGAGAAAAUUGAAAUAAUAGAGAAGCAAUUGGAAUCAUACAUUAAAAAAAAUACACACUUUUAUCACAUUUUUUUUAAGAUUGUAAUACCUGGUGUCAAUGCCAUAACUAAUAUUUUUGAAAAUUUGGAAACAUUGUUUACAUUAUACAUAAAUUAUAAAAUUAAAAAAAAAAAAAAAUUAUUUUAUUUUUACGAUCCUUGGAUAUAUAGUUAUGAUGCCUUUUUAUCAUUUAGUCAACUUGACGAAAUCAAAUUAUCAGAUGAAUACACAGAUAUUUUUCAUCAAACAAAAAAAAAAAAAAAAAAGAGAAAAUUUAUAAGAAAAGAAGACAAAGAAAACGUAGUAAACAAUUACAUAAAGGAAGUUGAAAAAACUGGUUUAAAUUCUUCUGAAGAAAUUAAAAAUAUAAAAGAUUUUAAAAUAUAUUUUAAAAAAAUUGAUGAAAAAUUUUUAUCAAAAAAUAUAUUUGAUAACUUAACGAACUUUUAUAGGAUAAGAUACAUUAAACAACUGCUUUUAUUUGUGAAAAAUGAAAAAAAGAUAAAAAAGAUAGAUGAAAUUAAAAAUAAUAUAAAUAAUACUAAAUUAAAAGUUUAUUAUUCUUACAUUUUAAAACUUUGUUAUAAUGAAAACUACAUAAAAAUAAAUACAAGGGCCUUAAAAUAUUUAUUUUUUCAUUUAUAUUUUAAUUAA